AUGCUCGUCGAUCAGGAGCUCAAGAAAAACGCUAAGAUAAUUGAAGAAUUAACUGCCAAGACAACUACUAUCUCAUCAUGCCCAAGUUGUAUUUGCAAUUGUAAGCAGGUUCCAGAAAAUAUAAUCAGAUAUGGUGUAGUUCCAUCUGAAAAUCCGAAAGAACCUGAAACAGAAAUUAGAAAAAUCGAAGCUAAUGAGAAAGCAAACCCAAUUUUUGUUUCACCGAUGAUUCAUGUUUGA